AUGGUUUUAAAUGCAAGCCGGGCAUUCGUACGUUAUUGCGUUAUUUUAUUAAAUGCUUUUAGCUUUUUCGUUCCUAUUUCCAAAUGCGCCCCCAAAAUUAAAGCGUUUUAUGUGCUUAAAAAAAUUAAGCAUAAGCGUAAGGCUUUGUACUUUAAAAACGUUUUUAAUUUUGGCUUAAAUAAAAAUCGCCUGGAAUUUCGGGAAUUAUUAAUUAAUAUUUAUAGUGCUAGCGGUUUUUUUAAGCGUAUUGCGGUACUUUUAAAAAAUUAUUUAAGUUUUUAUUAUGGAAGUUUAAAAGUCGCCGGGCUUAUAAUUGUUGCAAACAAAAGGGAUAGGCACGGUAUAAGUAUAUACUGUUUACUUUGUAACAAUAUGCUAUAUAAUUUAAAUUUCCGUAGCUAUUGCUAUUACUUAACGGUAAAAGCUGGCGACAAAAAUUUAAAAAAGGAAAAGGUUCGUAGCUUAAGCCACUUCCGUAAUUUAAACCUCCGUAGCUAUAGCCAUUACCGUAGCGCGCAAAUUAAAACAAAUAAAUUACAACUUUUAAAAUAA